AUGGAGGAGGUCGGAGACGAGCUCCAGCUGACAGCGGAUGAAGUCGACAGAUUUACCAAAGCUUUCAGGGACGGUAAAUUCAGAGAGAUGUUGUGCGACUACGCUCAGGAAAUAUCCGACCCCGCGAACAGGAAAAAGUACGAAGAGGAAAUCAAACUCUUGGAGCAAGAAAGAGGCAACUGCAUCGAGUUCAUCCACCCGACGCCGUUCAGGGUUCUCAAAACGAGCGCAGGUGGAAAGCAGAAAUGCUUCAUCAACAUCUGCAGCAACGAGAAAGUCGGGAAGCCUGAUUUUAAGGGUGCUGUGUUGAAGGAUGGCCGCAGGGGCCAGUGCUGGUCUCUUCCUCUCAGUCUUUCACCUGGGAGGCAAAACACAGCUCCAAAAGGAAACGAAUAUGUGAUCUAUGACGUCAUUUUUCACCCUGACACGCUGCACAUGGCGGCUAAAAGCAAGAUCUUUAUGGAUAUGGUGCACCACACGGCCAUUGAUGAAGUCCAGAAAGCCUUUAAGGUGAUUCUGGACAAAAACAAUGUGAGAGAAGUCAAAACUAAAUACAAGGGUACCCCUCAGCCAUGUGUGAUCAGAAAACCUAUACCUGGGUACGAAGCUAAAGGGCCCCCUGAGGAGACGGACCCCCUCGCCUUCCCGUAUCCGCAUGGACCACAGACAAAGCCUUCAGAGUCGCCUCUUAAAACGAACAGCAGCUUCAAGAUCCAACCGCAAAAAGCCGAAGAGCCAACAAAGCCAAACUACACGGUAAAAUACAGAUCUGUCAUUGAUUUACAGGACUUCAGGCGUUCUAGAGACUCUGCUCAAAGCCCCAGACCUAAAGAAAUAGUGAUUACUAUUGACCUGCCGCUCCUGAAGACAGUCGGAGACACCAGCCUUGAAGUAAAAGAGAAAAUCCUGUGGCUGGAGUCCAAACAUCCGGCCUACAGACUGGAGCUGCCUUUAUCCUACCCUGUAGAUGAAGACAACGGAGAGGCCAAGUUCAACAAACAACGCAGACAGCUCACUGUCACGCUGCCUGUCCAACCACCCCGUGAAGAGUUUUCCUGCUUUGACCCUGCCACACCUGUAAAUGAUUCCCAGGGUGUCGGGGAGGAGACAAGUGAGGGGAGAGGAAGAACUGGAGAGCAAAAAAGAGGAGAAGGCAAAAGAGAAGGGGGCAGAGGAGCUAAGGAUGGAGAAGCAGGCGAGGAAAACUGUGAAAGACCAGAAAGAAAAGGCCAAGGAAGUGAGGAGCAACUUCCACAAUACGAACCACUUGAAGAGAAGGGGGAGGUGAAGGAAGAAAUUGAACAACUGCAGAACAAACAAAACAGAGAUGAAGACAGUUGUGACAGCGUCAUGGGCGAUGAUGUCGCUCUGAAAAUGAACUUCUCUGCUGAGGAGGAAACCACAGCUGUUGAUGAGAGAACAGAAGCUUCAUCUAAAGCGGAACACAUUUCAACCUCUGAUGAACUAAUCCCUGAAGAGGGCGGGGAAGCAAAAGGAACAUUAGCCAGUAGAGAUCUCAGCGUUGUCUCUUUGAAACAGGAGGAAGAGGAUGCAGGUGAAGUGCCAGAAGAGCAAGUCUUCCAGACCCCAGAGCGUGACAAGAAGCCACCGGCAGCAACACUGAGAGAGAUUGACGCGAAUGGAAACGAGACGGUGAUCGGUGACCAUUCCACGUCUGCAGGGUUCGUCUUCCAAAACAAGCUGAUAUACGAGCUGGACUGA